UUUCAUUUAGAGAGGAAGCCGUUGCUUUGUUUGUCAGCCACACCGCGCGUUCUUUCGUAGCUGUUGGUCGCUGCGGUUUGCUGCUGAUAAGCAGCACUCUGUACUCCGAUUGCUGUCAAUACACCCGAAUCUCAUGGCCUGAAGAGCAGCAGCAGCAGCAGCAGCAGCAGCAGCAGCUGAGUGCCCGCGAUGGCAGCAGCAGCAGCUGCAGCGGCAGCACCAGCAGAGGGGAGUGGAAUGCAGCAGCAGCAGCAGCAGCAGCAGCAGCAGCAGCAAGACGCCGGUUGGGGGUUAUUGAAAUGUUUCAGUGUUUGCUGCUUCCUGAUGUGCUGCUACACCCCAGGGCCCCCAGCAGCGCCGACGUAUUUUAUUUUGCUGCUGCUUCUUCUAGUGGUUUGCUGCUGCUAAAUGCAAUUGUCUCUGAGCCUGAAUAUACAAAUUCGUUUGCUGCGUCUGUCUUUGUUGUGCGAUAUCUCCCGGGGUGUUUCUGCUGCUUAGCAGCAACAACUGCUCCUAUUCCUGAUGGGCUUCUGCAGCAGCAGCAGCAGCAGCAGCAACAGCAGCAGCAACAGCGUCGCGAAGAUAUGUUGCUGUCAUUUGAUUCUCUGGGAUCCGUAGAUCUUCGUUACGCACCUCUAGUAGAGUCCUCUUCUUCUUCUUCUGCUGCAGCUGCAGCAGCAGCAGCAGCAGCAGCAGCAGCAGCAACAGCAGCACCAAUAGCAACAGCAGGAACGGAAAUGCUGUUGCUUUCAUGUCUGUCUCCUCUGUCUCCUUUUCUAACACUUCUUGCAUUAAUCCCAAACCCUUUCGAUUAUCCAGGCUGCGAUCUGCAUGCAACAGUGCUAGAGCUUGCGCCUAUGGGGGCCCCCCAGGGGGCCCCCCAGGGGCCCCCCUCUCAAGGGCCCCCCCCGCAGGGGGCCCCCCCCCAGGGGCCCCCCUCUGAAGGGGCCUUAGGGGCCUCUGGGGGCCCCCUAGGGGCCCCUGGGGGACCCCCAAGGGCCCCUAGAGGGGCCCCUGCAGAAGGCGGGGGGCCCCCUGUGAUAACUUGGGUUGGGGGGGAGGAGAGUGUGGGGUGUGGAGACGAUCCCAGAUCGUUAGAGCAGCAAGAAGAAGAUAGCGAAGAGGAGACAGAUGAAAUGAUGCUGCAGCAGCAAAAAGAAAAGUGUAGAAGAUAUAAAAGAAUUUUAUGUGUUGCUGCACCGAAAGGGUCUGUGUUUGUCUACGAACUCUCAUAUUAUCUGCCUCCUGAGGGCCCCCGCAGCAGCAGCAUGCAGCCCGGCAGCAGCAGAGCCUCAACGCUGCAGCAACAACAACAACAGCAGCAGCAGCAGCAGCAGCACGGGCUGCAGUUCAGAUUAAGACUUGUAUACAGACUGGAGGGCAACAGAGGCAGAGACAUUCUUAUCUCUCUUCCGUCGUCUAUUGUGCUGGGGAGAAGAGUUAUUGCAUGCAGCAGUGGGGCUUACUUGCUUAAUUUAUUUAAUCUCGAGAGACACCCCAAUCCAGAUAUAUUUGUGCUGCAGCAGGAAGCAGCAAGUCCAGCAGCAGCAGCAAAUCCAGCAGCAGCAGCAGCAGCAAACGCAACCAAUUCAUCAAAUACACUUACGCCGCAGCAGCAAGCUGCUAAUGAAGCAGAACAAUGUGCUGCUGCUGCUACUGCUUAUGUUGAGCUUCUUAGGGCUUCAUUUUCAUCUUCUGCUUCGGCUGCUUCUGCUGCUGCUGCUGCUGCUGCUGCUGGGCUCCCUGCACCACCAGCAGCAGCAAACCCUAACGUUAACAUACAUCACAAUAAACAGCAAGAGCUACAAAACCUAAUGCAGCCUUCUUUGAGGGAAGCAACAGCAACAGCAGCAGCAGCAGCAGGUGCAGCAGCAGCAGACGGUCCGCAGCAAGAUGAAGCGCUGCAGCGGCAACUGCAGCAAAUCACAGCAGAUCUAAAGGCUUGCAACCUUGAAAACCAGCAGCUGCAGCGCAUGCAGCAGCAGCAGCAGCAGCAGCAGCAGCAGCAGCAGCGGGGAUCGACUAUCCUCAACCGACCCCCAUGGAAUGAUCGCUUCUCAGUGAAGGGCUCAGAAAACCAACAUCUCUGCAGCAGCAGCAAGAGCAGCAGAAGCAGCAACAGCAACUCUAGCAACUGCAGAAGCAGGAACAGCAACAACAGCAGCAGCAACAGCAGCAGCAGCAGCAACAACAGCAGCAGCUGGCGCUGCUUGUGGAACAGAGGAGGGUUUUUGCUUCUGCUAGAAGCUGCACGGAGACGACAAAUGCAAUUUGCUGCUGCUGCCAUGGUCUCGCUGCUGCAGCAGCAGCAGCAGCAGCAGAAUAGGGGGGAUUCUCUUGUUGAACCGAAGUGCUGCGGCAGCCCGAAGCAGCAACAGCAGCAGCAACAGCAGCAGCAACAGCAGCAGCAACAGCAGCAGCAGCAACCAUAG